AAGUCACAUCCAAAAAUCCGGUUUCUGGAUCAAAAUCAUGGUUCGCGUUUCUUCCCUCGCCGGGACCGUCUGUCUGGCUGCCACUGCCGCCGCCUACGAUGUCGGUCUGAAGCAGUUUCCCCAGGAGGCCCGCGAUAACUUCAAUGUCCUCAAGUACCUGGGUGGGUACGGGCCAUAUGUCCAACGUGAAUCAUAUGGGAUUGCCCGUGAUCCGCCGCCCUCGUGUGAGGUGGACCAGGUCAUCAUGAUCAAGCGCCAUGGUGAGCGCUACCCAGAUACUGAUACAGGUGAGGAGAUCGAGGAGCUGCUAGACCUGCUGUAUAGCAGUGUCUCGGAGUUCAGGGAUGACCUUGCUUUCCUCAAUGACUGGACUUACUAUGUCCCCAACGCCUGCUACUAUGAGGCCGAGACCUUCACAGGUCCCUACUCUGGUCUGGCUGAUGCGUACUCCCAGGGCGCUGACUAUGGCCAACGCUAUGGCCAUUUGUUGCCCAAGGAUGGCUCGGUCGUUCCCCUCUGGAGCAGUGGUUAUGAGCGGGUUAUCAAUACUGCUCGGAAGUUUGGUGAAGGCUUCUUUGGUUAUAACUACAGCACCGGAGCGGCGCUUAAUAUUAUCUCUGAGUCAGAAGCUCAGGGAGCGAAUAGCCUAACUCCAACAUGCGACACUGAUAAUGACUCGUCUAUUUGCGACUCGCUUACCUAUUACUUCCCCCAAUUUGACGUUGCGGCCGCACGCUUCAACUCUCAGAACCCUGGCCUGAAUCUCACCUGGGGAGACGUCUACACCAUGAUGACCAUUGCUGCUUUUGAACUCAAUGCCCGCGCGUCAUCUCCCUGGAUCGACGCCUUCACUGCCGAUGAGUGGGUGGCCUACGGCUAUUCCAACGCCCAGUGGUACUACUACUGCGCAGGGCCUGGCGAUAAGAACCAGAACGCCGUCGGCGCUGUGUACGUGAAUGCCAGUCUUACCUUGCUGAACCAGGGCCCGGAAGAGGCCGGCAAGAUUUACCUGAACUUUGCCCAUGACGAUAAUAUCACCCCCAUCAUUGGUGCAUUGGGCAUUCUCACUCCCAAUGAGGACCUGCCCAUCGACACCAUCGCAUUCGGCAGCCCGUGGACAAUUGGUGAUAUCAUGUCCAUGGGUGGUCACCUAACCAUUGAACGACUAAAGUGCAAUGCCACUGUUGCCACCGAGGAAGGCAGCUAUGUCCGUCUUAUCCUUGAAGAGGCUGUGGUUCCCUACUUUUCAUGCCAGUCUGGGCCGGGCUAUUCCUGCCCACUAGCCAAUUAUACGGAGCUAGUAUCUGCCAGCCUGCCAGACUUCAUCACCUCCUGCAAUGUAUCGGCCUCAUACCCGCAAUACCUGGACUUCUGGUGGAACUACAACACCACCACAGAUCUUAACUAUAUGACAGGUCCUCUCGGCUGCCAGGUUACCGAGACUCUGGUCUAAGCCAUGUACUACACUCGACUUUGUGUAUAUUGCGUACAAGAGGGAUUAUGGAUGAAUGAUCAAUUACCAAUGGAUGUUUUAAUCACAUGGUACAUUUCUAAUGAAUAUCAUCUUAUAUUUAUGUUAGAGAGAAAAACGCAUUUGGAGUGAAGUUCUACGAAUAUCCUCUUGGGUGGCUGGUGGAGGCCAGGGGCAAAAGCUUCGUAAGAGCUUCGCCGCCGGCAUCUUAUCACACUGUUGAAUUAGAUGUCUAUAAAGAUAUAAACAGCGUCACUCCGUGGAUACUAAGCAAAAUCUAAUACUUAU